AGUUCGGUUUCGUAAAGUGGGCGUUUCUGAACGGUUCGCGAUCGUUCGUUCCCAACUUCAUAUAGCGUUAUUAUUUGUUUUCCCAAGCGCGAAUCUGUGAACUGCAAGUUCGGUUGUUUGUGUGUUUGUGUUUAAUAUUGAUAAGCAAUUGGUUAGCCGAUUAUAUUUGGUGGACGGUGGUUACGUUUGUGGCAUUCUGGAAAUAAACAUUUAGAGCUACGGUGGUUAGCACACCAUUCCGCGGUGUUGUAGAAUUUAAGACAUUCGCAAAAGGCUUAGAAUAGUGCAACUGUAUAAUCACCUCGUUACGUUGUUUUUUUAAAUGAAUAAUUAAUUAACUAAAUGAAAAAAAGCUCAUCGUUCAUUGAUAAGAAGGCUUCCUGUAGAUAAAUUCGAGUGGCAAUGACAUUGGUGUGCGCACAAUAAAUGAUAGAACCAGUUACGCAUAACGCUGUGUCAUUAUUUGCAGCGAGUGAACAUAGUAUUGAUAACGAUUAGGUAAAACCAAAAAAUAAAACGAGAAACAAUUGUUUCAAGUUCGAGUGAGAAUUAUUACAAUCAUACAGAGAAAUGAUGAACCCAACUGGACUUAGGAACACAAUCGCUUUAGCAGUAUUACACAUAAUUAUACCCCUAAACGGAGCAUGGUCUUGCUAAAUCCACAGCUUAAUCGAUCUCAAUCUAUUGUGUCCUAACAGUGCCCUAUGUAACGCGAGAAGCAUGGGACGCAAUGCCUCCACGAUCCGUGGAGAAAUUCCCCGGCCCGAUUCCGUACGUAAUCAUUCACCACUCAUACGAGCCAGCUGCCUGCUUCGAUUAUCAGGAGUGCCGAAAAGCUAUGCAGAGUAUGCAACGGUUCCACCAACUCGAUCGAGGCUGGAACGACAUCGGAUACAGUUUCGCGGUGGGAGGUGAUGGCCGGGUAUAUCAAGGGCGGGGCUUCAACGUGGUUGGUGCUCAUGCUCCAAGGUACAACGACAAAAGCGUUGGGAUUUGUAUGAUCGGUGAUUGGAGAUUUGACCUGCCACCCAAAAAUAUGCUACUAGCAGUGCAGAGUUUCAUUGAUUACGGAGUCCGGCACAACAUAAUAGCAGCUAACUAUACCUUGAUCGGUCAUCGACAAGUCCGACCCACUGAAUGUCCGGGAGACAGGCUGUACAAGGAGAUCCAGACAUGGCCCCACUAUUCGCCAAUGCUGGAUGUAGUCGACCCUAACAGUAUUAGAACAUAGAUCGAAUUUUAGUGAUAAAUUUUAUCAAAAAGCAAUACAUACACCAAA